AUGAUAAUGACAGCAGUACUAUUGAUAGAUAUGGUUGACUCAGUAAUGAAAUUGAGGAAAAUAGCACAAUUCCAAGAAGCAAAAAUCUCGAUUAUUGCCAGAAGUUCUGGCAGAUUUUUAUUAAAGAUGGAGCUUUUGAUCGGAACUUUCGUAGACACAAUGUUAACGGCAACUUCAACAUCAUCUUUGACCCCUGGAACAUCCUCAGCAACAGCUGUUGAUAUAAACAACAAUAACAAUAACAAUAAUAUUAAUAAUACAUCGCCGGCGACUAAUCAUAUAAAUGGAACGACAACGGCAAUGACCACGACGACGACAACGACAAGUUCAUCUCCUUUAACAUCUCCGUCAAAGAAACAACAACAACCACAUACACCAUCACCUCCAACAACAACAACAACCACUACUACUGCUACUUCUAUAUCAUCAUCACAUACAAAACAAGCUACAUCAACUUGUAGUCAUGUGGAAGCAUUUAAAACAGAAAAUGAUGGAUUAAAUACAUUGUCAAUCGUUCAACAAUAUAUACUAUAUUGGAAAUCUGGUCCAAUAGGUGAUGUUAGAUUACCAUCUCUGAGUUGCUCAACAUGUCAUUGUUUUAAUGGUCGUAUUCAUCUAUGUCUUCAAUGUUUUCAUUUGGCUUGUUGGAAAGACAAACAUAUUAUAUCUCAUUUUGAUAAAACCGGUCAUUAUCUAGCAAUGGAUGCAAACUUGAAUCAAAUAUACUGUAACAAGUGUAAUGAUUAUAUAUACGACAAACAAUUUGAAGAUAUAAUGGAGAAUGUUCGUUUAGAAUAUGCUGUUUCAUUACAAGAUUAUUCAAAUCCAACACCAAAAAGAGUAAAGUAUCAUGUUUGGAAACCAUCAGAAGAGGAAACAACGAUUUUAGAAAAGAAUUCAGUGUUGAAUGAAUCACCAUUGAAUAUGUUGGGACUACGCGGUCUCAAUAACUUGGGCAACACUUGUUUUAUGAAUUCAAUCCUUCAAUCUUUUAUUCAUAACCCAUUACUUCGAAAUUACUUUCUAUCUGAUAUGCAUUGUCAUCGUAGAUGUAUUAAUCGUCGUGAAAGAGAAUUAAGUAAUAGUAAUAUUAAUAAUAAUAAUAAUAAUAAUAAUAACAGUAGUAAUAAUAAUAAUAAUGGUGGAAGUGAUGUAGAGUUUGUUGGUGGUAGUGGACACAACAGUCCAAUGACAAAUACAGGAGGAGGAGGAAAUGGAACAAUGAGUGAUAGCGAUAAUAACGAUGGACACUCUCAAUCUUCAAACACUAGUUUACUUGCAUCACAAACGUGGACUUCGACAUCUAUAUGUUUUGGAUGUGAGAUGGAUAUAUUGUUUGGACAGAUAUUCAGUGGUGCAAAGAUGCCGUUUACACCACACCAGUUUUUGUACAGUUGCUGGAACUAUAGCAACUAUUUUGCUGGAUAUGAGCAGCAAGAUGCACACGAAUUCCUCAUCUCGUUGCUCAAUGGUAUUCACUCGCACUGUGGAGGCUCGAGUAAUGCCAAAGAGCCGUGCAACUGUAUCGUGCACUGCACGUUUGGCGGUCAAUUAAAAUCAGAGGUCACUUGUACAAAUUGUAAAUUCACAUCAUCCACCACCGACCCUUUUAUUGACAUUUCAUUAGAUAUCCCAAAAUCAAAACAUCAUCAUCAUCAUCAUCACGAUAACAAUAAUGAACAACAUUCAAACAAUUCUAGUGGACAUCAUCACCACCAAUCAAAUAACCUAUUGUCUUGUUUGGAUAGAUUUACACAACCAGAAAAACUAGAUGAAAAAUAUUUUUGCAGUAAUUGCAACUCCAAGCAAGAAUCAACCAAACAACUUUCAUUUGGUACACUUCCAGUUGUCAUUUGUUUCCAUCUCAAACGGUUUGAACAAUCUCUAUCUAAUCGAAGAACUCACAAAAUUGAUACAUUUAUUGAAUUCCCUUUAACAGUUGACAUGUCACCAUUUAUUUCAAGUACAAGAAAACAAAAAUUAAAAAGAAAAUUCGAUAGUCUAAAUAAUAUUAUUAAUGAACAACAACAACAACAAGAAUCAGAUAGUAAUAAUAAUCAAAACAACAAAAUGGAAACAUCGGAAUCUUCAACAGAUUCAACACCACCAACAGUGAUACCAAUCGAUGAUUCAUUUGUUUAUGAAUUAUAUGCAGUUGUCAAUCACACUGGAAAGAUUGAUAGUGGACAUUACACAUCAUUUGUCAAACACAACGAUCAAUGUUUUCCUUUCCACGGACGUCGGUGUGUGAUGAUCGCAUCGAAUUGUAUGUCUUGUCAAUUAUCACAACUACAACAAAUAGCAAUAGAAAUCUCAAACAAUCUCUUAAAAACAACAACCCCCAUAAUGAAUGAAUGA